ACCGAUAGGGAAACUGACAGCAAGCUAAUGCGUCAUCAAAACUUAUAAAAUGAAUGCUGACUAGUGAAAAAGACAUUGGAUCGUUCCAGUAUUUCUCCAGACGACCAUGAAGCUUUUGAUCCUUUUGUCCGUUCUAGCGGCUUCGGCCAUAGCUUCACAGAAACGCUAUGAUGGGUACCAAUUGUUCCAGGUAACGCCAAAGGAUCAGUCCUCAUUCGAGGCUAUGGUCCAGCUCUACGAGCAGAGUGAAAAUUACGAUUUCUGGAUCGCACCUCGAGGAAUCGACAUCGCAAUGGACAUCAUGGUUCCUCCAGCAUACGUCUCGGUCUUUGUCGACCUGAUGCACGCUUACAGCAUGGAAUAUCGGGUCAAAAUGAUCGAUGUUCAGACUGUGCUCGAUAUGGCUCGUGAAGAACGCGAACGUACACCCCGAGUUGCCACUCCGCGCUACUCUGUUGACUGGAACACUUAUUAUGACUUUAACGACAUUUCCGCUUUCUGUAACGAAAUCGCUGCCGCUCACCCCGACAUGGUGACAGUUUCCAGCAUCGGCACUAGUUACGAAAACAGAGCUAUUCCGAUGGUCAAAAUCUCCACUGGAGGUUCAGGCAAAAAGGCGAUUGUCGUCGAUGGCGGCAUUCACGCCCGUGAGUGGAUUUCACCUGCUUUCGUCACAUGGUUGAUCAACGAAUUGGUUGAGAACUAUGCCGCUCACCCGCAAUACGUUGACAAUGUUGACUGGUACAUUAUGCCAGUCAUCAAUCCAGAUGGUUACCAAUUUACUUUCGCACUCACCGGAGAUCGUUUGUGGCGCAAAAAUCGUAGACCAAAUAACAACGGAAUCGGUGGCGGCAGCUGCAUGGGAACAGAUAUGAACAGGAACUUUGGUUUCCACUGGAACGAGGGCGGUAGCAGCUCCAACGGAUGCUCCGACACUUUCCAUGGUGGAGCCGCCUUCAGCGAGAUCGAGUCGCAACACGUUCGUGAUGCUGUUUUGGCUGUCGCUGGUCCAGCUGAGAUGUACCUGACCUUCCACGCUUAUGGCCAGUACUGGCUCACUCCUUGGGGUUACACUUCUACUCUCCCCAGCGACUACACACAGCUUUACAACUUGGCUGUAUCAGCUUGUAACAAAUUGACUGCCGUCUACGGAACCCAAUAUACCAUCGGAUCUUCGACUAACGUACUCUAUGUGGCUUCUGGAGGCAGCGACGAUUGGGCAAAGGGUGGAGCUGGAAUUCCAUUUUCGUAUACUGUUGAGAUGCGCGAUGAAGGCCUUUACGGAUUCGAACUUCCUGCCAGGCAAAUUCUUCCAAACAAUUUGGAGGUUUGGGAAGGCAUUAAGGUGAUGGCGGAGUCUCUCUUUUAAAGAGUUAACUCAAUCAGCAACCAAAUAUCGAUGGAUUUACGAUAGCGGAAAACAUUGCUAUCAUUUUAAAAUCGUCAUUACUACAAUUAGAAUGAGUUAAUACAAUUGGAAAUUCUGACACGA